AGCGAAGCCUCCGCACUCGCGCGCUCGGCGUCGUCGCGCGACCACGGCUGCGCGUUCGGUACGAACUCGUUACGUAACGUCAGUCACGGUAAACAUUUGUUGAUGCCAUCGCGCGGCACGCUUGCACCGCUCACCAUACGCGCGCACCCGCCAUGUACGAACCCGUGACUGACAACAGUGAAGCCGUCGCUAUGGCUACGCCGAAAUUUAAGAGCGGCCAAACGUUCAAAUAAUGUAGAAAUGACCACCGCCAACUUAACUGUCACACAUUCCUGCCAAUAUUUAUAAGUUAUAUUUAAAAUAUAUAAGUGCUUACAUUUUGCUUGUGAUAUCAGACUGUACGUGGACAUGAUUCCGUUCGAGUUUAUCCGAUGGGAACAUCGUUGGGCGCGAUUUAUAGCUGAGUUCACCUAUCACCGCUUAACGUGCGCUUACACUGCCAGCUGAGCCUUCGUUAGAAAGUUAAGUUAGAUUUAAGCGAGAGAUAACGUCUGUAAUAGUAAUAAAUAUAUAUUAGAUAUCGUGGACGUGAAGCCGUCGAGGUUUAUCGAAGCCGGUUCGUUCAUUACCAAGAUUCGCGACAACAUCAGCUCGUGGGUGCUGUGGUGGCGUCAACGCCAUCUUCGGAUGGGCGCACCGCAGACACCAAAACCAAUUGAGGAAGAUGACUGCGUGCCUAGAGUGGCCGUAGUGGAAGAUAUCCGGGAGGUGCAACAAGACCGCAAAGUGGAUCGUCGUCGGGCAGCACCGGGCCCGCGUCGUCGCGGGCUCGAGAACGAGCUGGAGGGCGAGCGCCGGAGACCCAGGCGCAAGCCGAGGAAGAGGAACACCCUUGGAUGUCUACUGUCGUGGUCCAAAUUAUGGGGAAUACUACGAUGGUGCUUUACCUUCGGACGAGUGUCACUGCCGAAAUUGUGCAAUCAGGAAGAAGAGCCUGGACGCCCACCCCAGGGAGGGGUGGUGACGUUCGAACCUAUACAACACGACCACGACUUCUGCGAAAGAGUUGUUAUCAACAUAAGUGGCCUGAAGUUCGAGACCCAACUACGUACACUCAAUCAAUUCCCGGAAACUCUUCUAGGGGAUCCAGCCCGGAGAAUACGCUACUUCGAUCCCUUGAGGAACGAAUACUUUUUCGACCGGAACCGCCCCUCGUUCGACGCAAUCCUGUAUUACUACCAAAGCGGCGGCCGCCUGCGGCGCCCAGUAAACGUUCCUCUAGACGUGUUCUCCGAGGAGAUUAAAUUCUACGAACUUGGAGAGCAAGCCACCAACAAAUUCCGUGAGGAUGAGGGCUUCAUCAAGGAGGAAGAAAAACCCCUUCCCUCCAACGAGCGCCAGCGCAAGAUCUGGCUGCUCUUCGAAUACCCUGAAAGCUCCCAGGCCGCUCGUGUUGUGGCAAUUAUCUCAGUAUUUGUCAUCUUGCUGUCCAUUGUAAUCUUCUGCCUGGAAACACUGCCUGAGUUCAAGCAUUACAAGGUCUUCAAUACCACUACCAACGGCACUAAGAUCGAGGAAGACGAAGUACCAGACAUCACUGACCCGUUCUUCUUGAUAGAGACCCUCUGUAUAAUAUGGUUUACAUUCGAGUUAAUCGUCCGGUUUCUGGCGUGUCCAAACAAGUUCAAUUUCUUUAGAGAUGUGAUGAACAUAAUAGACAUAAUAGCCAUCAUACCGUACUUCAUCACCUUGGCGACAGUCGUUGCUGAGGAGGAAGAUACUCUGAACCUGCCACGCGCUCCGGUAUCUCCGCAAGACAAGUCGACCAACCAAGCUAUGAGUCUUGCUAUACUCCGGGUCAUCCGUCUCGUGCGCGUGUUCCGUAUCUUCAAACUAUCACGACACUCCAAAGGCUUACAAAUUCUCGGACGCACGCUGAAGGCUUCGAUGAGGGAACUUGGCUUAUUGAUAUUUUUCUUGUUCAUUGGUGUCGUGGUUUUUUCCAGUGCUGUCUUUUUUGCUGACAAAGACUGCCAUGACACUAAUUUCGAUAGCAUUCCUGAUGCCUUCUGGUGGGCGGUAAUUACGAUGACCACAGUCGGCUAUGGAGAUAUGAGGCCGGUUGGAGUUUGGGGAAAGAUUGUCGGUUCCCUCUGCGCUAUCGCCGGUGUGCUCACCAUCGCUCUGCCCGUUCCCGUCAUCGUGUCUAACUUCAACUACUUCUACCAUCGCGAGACUGAUCAAGAGGAGAUGCAGUCCCAGAACUUCAACCACGUUACCAGUUGCCCAUACCUGCCUGGCACCAUGGGCGAGCCCUAUCUUAUUUCAGGUCCUAUACAUAAGAAGUCGUCGUUGAGCGACGAUUCAUCGUCGGACAUGAUGGAGGAGGAAGGGCUGGUGGCCGACCCUCACCUGGAACAGAACCUGCGUCGCUUGCAGGAGGAGGAGAGAGUCCUGCUCGAGCAGCAAGCGCACAUGGAGGCCAACGGGGUCGACGACAUAGCAGCCCUCGAACACCAGGACGCACUGCGACUAAACCAUCUGCGGCAAGCUGAGCUGCAGAAGCAGCAGGCGAUGUUAGCGCAGCGAAUGCUCCGGCAACAGGCGCAGGCGCAGGGCGAGCAGGCGCCGGCGCAAGCGCACGCGCACGCGCACGCGUCGCGCCGCGAGCAUACCGCGCGCCGGCGCGCCACCUGCACCGUGCGCGUCAACAACCUGCAUGCCGCAGAGGCUAUUGAGACUGACGUCUGACUAUCAGAACCCCACGAUGUUUCCAGACGUGGCGAGCCGGCGCGACGACGACGCGACGGCAGUGUGGCGCGGCCGGCUGCCGGCGCGCUCGCCGCCACCCUGCCACGUGUGAACAGCGCCUGACCUCGCCGCCCCCGCCGCCACCCGCCCCCGCCACUCACACACUCUCCGACCGACACGAUCCCGCCGACUAACCCGACACAACAAUCUUACUGUGAACUUUAUAUAUAGCUGCUUGAUUCAAUUUCAAACCCAAUUAGAUUACUCAUAUUAAGGUUAGGAAGAACAAGUUUUAAAAAAAUCAUUAAAAAACAAUAAAAAAAUUAUUUUAAAUACGCUUCUACAGAGAGUGCGAUCCGCUGCGGCCAUCGCCUCCAAUUGUAAAUAAUAAACAAGCUGCUUUAAAAAGCUUAUAUUAUACUUACCUACACUUUCUAUUCUCAACACUGUGUAAUAAAUAAUUAGGUUCUUUGUGACAAAUAAAAUAAUCAGAAUAGGCCUAUAGAAUUUCCGUUAACGGAGGACAUUUUAAAAAAUGUCGCUUAUAAGCUUGACCAUAGUUUGUAAAUAGUUGUAUCGGGCGGGAUGCGCGCGCCGCAAUCCGCCGGCCCGGCUGCCGGCCGCGGACAUUCGAUCACUGGACAUGACACGGACAUGCGUACACUCACACUCAUGUAGUCACAGCUAAUUUGUUUGGCCGCUGGCCCUACAUCUGGAGCCGAACUGCCUCCAGGCCGACGCAAGGCUGCUCCACCCCACGUCUUGUACCGCUGUCUACCGCGCGAAGCUCUACUCAGAACAGUUCAAUCAUCCAAUUCAAUGGCAGUUUCGGGACAGCAAGCAUUUACCACAACCAUGUGAAAGAAGUUCGUGAAACCAGAUUGAAUUUAGAAUAAGUUACCGUACUUAUAUUAUUUAUGUUGUUGUGAAAUCGUCGUGUGUGGAACAAUAUCAAAUGAUAUUCCAGUAAUUAAUGAUGACCCUCGAUGUACCCGCCCUCGGUCCCGUGCCCAGACCACGUCGCGCAACAGUCUCGGCUAUUAUUGUAAUUAUUUAAAUGUAAUAUGUGUACAUAAUGUGACGGCAAAUACUUGUCUAUCAUCAUUGUUGUUAUUUUAUUGAUAAUUUUAUUGAUGUUAAUUAUUUAUACGUGGAGCAGAGGUUGUGUGGGCGCUCACGGUUCGUGAGUCCACGCGACGCUGGCCGGCAAGCGUGGCGCUCGGUGGCUGCGUGAGCGCUUACAGCACUAUACGCGAGGACAGUUAUAUUUUCAGUCGUUUACAAAGUCAUAACGAUUGUAUUAGCUUAUACAGUUUAAACAUAUCUAGAAAGAAGUGAAUUUAUUAUAUAUGUUGUAAGAAAGUCAGGCGGCAGACGUGACUCGACUGAAACAGCGAAGCGCAGUGCAACACCUCCUAUGCCAGUAUUUAAAUUGGAAUUAUAUCAAUAACAUUGCGAACAACAGCUGUAUUGUUCUACCAUAAACAAAUGAAACCAAUUACAUAAAAAUUGUCACUUUUAAAAGCAUGGAUAUUGUCUCGAGGUGUUUAUUCCACCGUUGUUUGAUACCUUAAUAUACGGUUUGAUAUUUCGUUACACGCCAGCAACUGAACAAUAAAUCCGUAAAAUGCGCAAGAAAGUUUAAAGAAAUUAUUGACCAGUUCCCGUCUGUCUGUCCUAAGACUUGUUUAGACUUGAGUUGUAAAGAAGACAAUUAAUUAUUAGGUAUAGAUUACACCCGAAAUAAUUAUUACAUCAUAUCAUUACACAUUUCAUAGCGUUAAAAAACAUCUAGGUGAAAAGACAUAUUUACGCCCUAUAUUAUAGUCUAGUGUAGAUAAGUAGAUAUUGUAGAUUAAGUGCUGCCCUUAUACUGGGUAUAUAAUAUCUCUGGAUCCACUUCUUAUCCGUGUAUACAAUAGGCCAAAGCCAAGAUUACAAGUUGAUUCAGGCUCAUCGCUGUAAAGCAUCGAGCAUUCAUAGUCAUUCACGCAGAUUAGAUCACGCGGUUUCAAAGGACUUCUAGCACAAACAGAUUUAGUGAGUGAAAGAUUGAGAAUGAUCGCUGUGAACACUACGUCGCCACGCCCGAGCUCCUCGACAGUACGCGAUGGCAAGCUGUGAUUCUUCAAUUGGUCUGCACCCUCGAUCAUUCCAUCUGAAAAACUAAUUCGUGAGUGUUUGUAAACAGUUAAAAAACAGUGUUUCAAUGUCAAGUGGUGUUUAAUUAAUAAUAAGAAAAUGUUUUCUGUAAUUCAUUGUAAUAGCUAUUAAUGAUGCGGAUUUCUGACAGUGACUGACGCUCACUGAUUCUUGUUCAUAAGAGGUGUGAGACCUGAAGAGAUUUGUUCCGAAGUUAAAGAUAUAUUAAGUUGUUGGAUAUGCUAUACUAUAAUUCUCCUUUUGUAUAUAUGUUUAUUGCAAAGAUUGAGCAAUAGCAGGACAUAGAGUAGCGAAUUGUUAUAAAGUUGCCAGUCACUGUUAGAACACUCCAGAAUAUUGACCCAGAGCGGGAGCUCAAACCUCGGCCAUGACAAACGUGAUAGUCAGAUAACGACUUCAUAUUCAUAAUUAGGUGUAUGCUUCAGAGAAAGCAAUGUUUAACUGAUUACAUUAUAAUAAUUUGAGUGUCUUCGUUGUAAUGAAUAUCAAUAAUGUCUGUCAAUUAGAUUCGAAUUGUUUGGCAAAUUAAUUUACUAUGGUAGUCUUAAUUAAUACUGCGUAUGUGUUGUCUGUUAUAUGUUAUCGAUGGAAAACUUGGGCAAUCAUUUAUAAGCAACGUUGCGGUGAGCCACGUGCGUCACUAAGUAAUAUCAUACAAAUAACAAAAUAGCACAAAACAAACUAACAAUUCAACCCACGUCAUAACUGCAACGUUGCCCGUACUGAAAACAUCACGGAGAAGCCCUGAAAGAAUCGCAUUGUUAAACAUUUCAGUCACUGUCUAAUAUUACAUUCUACUGAUGCUCAAUGUGUAAAGACUAUCAUUCGCCAACUUCAUUUGUCAAUAUAUUCGAUUUGUGUUAAAUGUUCGGAGUUAGUAGACCGUGUAUGCUACAUGUUACAUACGUAUAACGCCGAGGCUGUUGCGACGAAUACAAUAAAUGUCAGUCAAUGUUAAUGUACCAAGUAUAAAGUGUAGGAAGCACAUUACUUUAUAUUAUAGUUUAUGAAAUUGGAGAGCACUCGGGUCCUGUUUUCAAUCUUGUGAAGGAAGCUGCAACGCGACAAUAAGUAACCCAAACCACCAUGAUGGCAGCGAUCACCCAGUAUUGUAUAGCUAAUACGUGAACAUCAGACCUUUAGUCUCGGCGAACUUUGUAAAGAGACCUUGUAACGAAUAUAAGCCAUCAAGUAAAAUAUUUUGGAUUUCUACUCAUUCCUCAUUUGUUAAGAAAGAGCAUAGAGACACCAAUCGACCUAGAAAGAUUCUCCAAAAAUAUUGUUUACAGAGACAUAAUAACUGGGUGUUCAUACAAGGUUGUCUUGCAGUAAGGGUAUGAUGUAAAAGUGUGACUAAAUCUCAUUUACAUUACGUGUCUGUUUAAUCAUAGCAAAUUAAUGUCUAGUUAAAUCCCGCAUUUAGGAUCAGUCUCAAUUCACUCAGAUACUGUGACUCCGCUUAGACUCCUUGCGCUUCACAACGUACGUCGUAGAUGGUGUAAAUGAGUCUUGGUCGAUUGUAACCUAAGUAUAUACUUUUAUCAGAUUUAUUGUACGUACACGUAUGACAUCUGCUGCGUGACCUCACUAGUUUCGCAAUCUCUAUUCUUGUCUGCAGUUUAAAUAUUGCUGCGUUGUUACGCACUGACGUCACAAGUGGUGUUUCACAUUGAGAUGGUGUCGAUAUCUUUGGCUUAACUGUGCCCUAAACAUGAUGCAGUGGUAUGAUAGCAUCUUGCUCUUACUGUAAUAAAGCUAAAUACAAAGACAAACAUAAACAAACCAUGAUGCAGUGAAUCAGAGUUUCGGGCAGAGUUGAUCGAGUCAGAUGAUUGCGGGCCUUGUCCUGGCAACGAUCGCGUGGGAAGGAUCGGGUAACACCUGUGUGGUCGACUCUCAUAUACAACAAACAGAAUAGUGGUAAAUUGUGAAUUACUCAAGUUGGCCAAAAUUGUAGUAACGCCAGUUAAAAUAGGCGUAUUAUAAUUUUCGCUCAGUAUUAUUAGUUGAUAUUUCGUACGUAGUAUAUGUAUACAGAGGCGGCUAACACGGGCCCGGUGCAAACAGUAAGAUUAUAAUUUCUCAACCAUCACACUUCGUAAAACAUUCUCAAAUAAUAUUAUGUUGACAAGGCAAAAAUAUUAAAUGGUCGUAGAUAGUAAAGCCACGUAGAUUUCACAUGAGAAAUCACGAUUUUCUAUUUACUUGAGUACUACUUAAUAUCAAUCUUGUAGUUAGGAAGGAGUUGGAAAAAUUUUAAAUUUAUUAAGAAGUCUGAAAUGUCCGUUAUGACAGACUAUAUUUAAUAUGGUCUUUAGGAAGCAAACUGUAAUCAGUAAUUUUAUCUGUAAAUUAAAUUGAAUUUAAUUUAAGAUUUAUAGUUAGGUGGUAUCUGCAAACUUUUAGCAGUGUGUGGUAUAUCGAAAUAUUUGUUGUUUUUUUAAGUAUAUUUAAUAUGUUUUGCUUGGAUUGUUUCGGCUGAGGGACGAGCGAGGCCGUUGUGUUUGCAUGAAUUCCGAAACGUACGAUGGGACCCCGCUGUAUGUUUUGCGGAUUUAAUAAAAAUGUGCCAGUUUUACUUCUUGAUAGAUGCCUUUACGCGUGUUAUUGCGCUUAAAGUUCAAGUAUAUAGUCAUCGCAGUGCUGUUUAAUGUUAAUGUUGUCUAGGGCUUGUCACGCUGCUCACACUGCGCAUUUCUUAUUUUCACCGAUAUCGAUGGACUCACAAGGAGUGUGACACGCGCGGAACUCGUAUAAACUUUAUAUCUUAGUAGGUAUAAUUUUCCUUGUUCACCAGCCCCCUCUCCGUCCAGGUCAAAUCGUGUUCAAAUAUUGAAUAUAAAAUCACAAAUUUCAAAUUGAAUAUCGUAUAAACGUAUUUAUUUAUAUAAAUUGACGUACAUAAUUGGCGUUAUUUACAAGAUUAUCUACACGGAACAAUAUUAAAUAUACAAAAGUUUACGUUACGAGUUAUUUAUUCAAUAUUUUAUAAGUAUCGACAAUCUUUAAAGCAUCCAAGUUUGUCGUGUUCAUUUGAUCGCCUACUCUAUGAACAAUGAAUCGGGUUACGCUAGCUACGAGCUUACACUAUUAUUUGAAUUUAAAUGAUAUGUAAUAACUUCUUAUAUCUUUCAUCACCUAAUGUAAGUUAAAUUGGAGCGAAUUCUUUAGAUACAUAAUUACAUUAUCCUCUUACAAUACAUAACAUUAAGGAUUUAUAAUAUUAAGAGCUUUUCGACUAGUAUACUUACAAAAAAAAUGAUGAGAUCUUAUGAAAUAAUCUGAAUUUUUCGCGAUAAUUUAUUAUAUUUAAUAUCCAUCCAGUAUUAUUAGAUAAAUAGGUGUAAUGGCGAAGAAAUUCCAUUUUCUAGCUCCUAUAGUUAAUGUAACAUAGGUUCAGUAAAGCCAACAGAUAAUUCUUAAUUAAGUACAAAUUUUCCGAAUAAAAUAUUUAUGAUUUUUCAUGGUCCCAUCGCUCGUGAAGCAAGUGAUAUGCACAUAUAUGUAUGUAUAUCCUCGUUGUUAUAAUGAAUAUAUAGUGGUACUGAAUAUUCAUGAAAUUCUAAAUUUUUAAUAUUUAAUUGAUCAGUGUUUGAACGAAAGAACUUUGCAUUGCUCCCUAGUCAUGUCAUUGGCACUACAUCCACCUAGAGUUAAAUAUCAAAAUAAAAUUUGGAAAUGUUUGUUAUAUUGUUGUAAUCUAGGGUGGUAUAUUUACGAUUUUGUCGAAGUCGACGAAUAUUUGUUGCGUGGAAACAUUUCUCAAGGUAACAUCCAAAGUGUGACCAGCUCACUAGCCUGACAUUUGUCGACUUCGCUAAAACAAUGGAUUGUUAUCAUGACUUGAAUUUAUGUCCUCUAUUGGGAUAAACUGAAAUAUUAAAAUCAAUGGUGCAAUGUUAAGUGCUGAUUAUAGGGUUGAAGGACAUCACUGGAUAGUUUACUGAAGUUCGACAUUUUAAGGAACUUCUGUCCGGUCAAAAUAUACUGUUAUUCUAGUUCAUGAGUCUGUUUCGGAGUUCAUCAAAUCGUACGUGCAUAACUAUUUGGUAAUUUAAUGAGCGAUUCCAAACAUAGUCCUAGGCUGUUUAGUCGAAAUUAUACGUUUGAUAUUCACGGAUUUAUUUUUAUAACACUAUUGUGAAAAUGUGAUAUGUUGCGAUGAUAUCGUGGAUAAUUGAGACCUUGUAAAAGCACAAAUAUGAAGAAAAAAUUCAAGGCAUGUUUGAUGUGAAACAUUCCGUGUUAUUCAUAAUAAAUGUAACUCGUUACGUCCUAGUGAACAAUACUUAAGAUAUGUUCAUCUUUACAAGUAAAUAGACAGAAGCUGAAAACCUGAAUAGUUCAACCACCUAUUGGCGAUUCAUGAAAAUACUAUUUGCAAGAGAACUGAGCAACUGACUGGGAUGUAGUUCUGGCUAUUUAUUUGUAUGGAGGUAUUCUAUAGCCAGCAGUGUUCACUCAGACGUACUCGUGAAGCAAGUCCACGGUACAUCUUCUCAUAGACGUCAUGGUUACGUCACACCCUGGCUGGAGCAUGUAUAUGAAUAUAUUGUUUUAUUUCAUUUGAUCACUUUCGCCGCGUGGUGUAUAUAUUUAAAGACACUAUGGCCAGUGAUCAUUUUUAUUUAAUGUGGUGGUUGUUUACUGUCUGGUAUGCGAAGCGAAGGCUCAUAGGUGUGGUUAAUACGAAAAAUUGUAAUUAAAUGCUUAUAUUGAGCCAAGUGUAUUACUCAGAAAUGCUCACAAACUAACCAUCUUUUUGCCGAUGGCUAGUAUACAUAUUGUAAUUAAACAGAACAAUGUUUUUAAAUGAUGCGGAAGAAAAAUAAUCUCUGUUAACUUUGCGGAAGGUUACUUUGGACAGUAGACCUUAUUGUAUCUUUAGGAUAGCGUGUGAGCGACUCCGUGAUUUCAGGCGGAGGUUUAUAAACAAGUCGUGAUGACAGGCUAGAUUCAUUGUUAAAAAGAACUUUAAUGAAAGUUACCAUCAGUUCAGUUUGAAAAGGUACAACAACAACCUUAUUUACGGGAAGUCCAAAAAGUGGAAUUAGCACAAAAGUACUUGUUUACAUCAUGGCACUAACUUAACCCCCAAUUUCAGUUUCUAAGAAAGAAAUGCAAUCCUGAAUAUAAUAAUGUCUACUUUCCCAUUCCUGAUACACUUCUGCACGAAACUAUAUUGCUUACAAUACCCGUUUCGAUAAAUUCCAUAGUAUGUCUGGAGCUUUUUCCAAUUUUUGUACUUAAGUUGUAACGUGGCAGUGCUAAGCUGUACCUACUGUAAGAAUGGUUUUUGUUUUUCAUAUAAUUUAUGAUUCCAAAAUUGUAUAAAUGACUAAAUAAAAUGAA